GAUCCACCUACCCCACUUUGACCAAGCCACAUUCUUCCUCCCGUAGUUGUCGCCGACCUUCGUGCGACCUAUCACCGUCAUCAGUCUCGUGGCGUGGCAGAUCGUGAUGCCCAUCUAAGCCACACCAUAUCGCUUUGUCGACUCGCAGCUGCCACCCACCAUCGUCGCACGAUGUCCAGCAGCAAGUCGCCACACGCCUCACUCCACAGCUGCGAUGCACACCCAGAUCCAUCGCUCGUGCUCCACCAUGGUAUCAGGUUCAAAGACAUUCAACCCACCUUAUUCAUCCAAAGAUCGUCUCACAAUGAACAAUCGAAAGAAGAAGACAACGAGGGCAAUGACAUCGACGAGGAGAAGAAAGAUGAUAGUGAUAGUGAAGGUGAUGAGGAUAGUGAGGCCAACAAAGAAGAUGAUGGUGAUAGUGAGCGCAAAGAGGAUAAUGAGGCCAACAUGGAGGAUGAUAACCAUACACACAAACAAAAUCAAGCUAUCACCUUGGAUGAUAUUGCCCGACGUAUUGCAUGGAUGGAGGCGAACUUGAUAGACUUAUUUGAAUACGUCAGGCAGAUGCCAAGGCAUCCACCAAUGCCUUGACCGCUAAGGGACAUGCACUUAGGGACGCUCCCUUUCCUCUCUCAAUUUAAAUUUUGUCUUUGAGUUGAAUGUCUAAGUCCACAUUGGGAACAAUGUGGAUUUAAAUGUUGGACUGGUGGUUUAAUGUUUUGGUGUUGAUGGUUGAUUUGUUGGAUUACAUUACUG